GCGGUCUUCGCAAGGCAACACCUUCUCUCUCUUCAGGCUCCGAAAUGAAGGCAGUAUUUCAAUCCGAAUCACAACGAGGCUAAUUUAAGUAUUAGCAUCCCCGUCUAGGCUUCCGUGUGGCACCCAUUCCAAUGGCUCACCUGGUCCCAUCACUGUCCCAUCCUGGACGUUUUCGUUUUAUUGCCGUUAUGUCCAUAUUGACAAUAGCUUGCAACCCCAAUCCUCGGGCAAUCGGUCAUCCAGAAGAAACCCUACUUCUCAGGGACCUUAUCAACCUAAGAAUCGACCACAUUUUUUUUUGGCAAUCCGUUGGAACGCACGAGCACGACAAUCUACAUUUCGUUCUGGACGACGCUUCCAGAGUACCCGUGGCCCUGCUUGGCCCCUCUGGAAAGGGCUGCAGGACGUUUAAUUUGAUGUCCCUCUCCUUAUCCCAGGAUCACCGCCCCUUAGAGCGUGUGAUGAAUCUUGAUCAUGGCAGUGCGUGCCACUGCGAAUCAUCACAAGCGCGCAGAAGGGGGUGAGACUUGAUAUUCUACGGGUCAACGAUGUACACAAUUCAUGUCCGUUAAUCAUGCUUCUGUC